CGUAGGCACCGCCUUGGGGCCACCAUGGCCACCGACUCGGGGGACCCCGGCAGCACCGGGGACCCCGAGAAGCCCCACGGGACCCCCCUGGAGGAGCCCCCCAACGCGCCGGAGAAGACGCGGUUCGUCCGGAAGAGCGUGGAGAUGGUGGAGGACGAGCGGGCGUCCCCGUCCGAAGGCCGCGGUGACGCGGGCGGCCGGGAGAAGGCCAAGCAGGAGAUCGAGGAAGAGGCGGAGAUGAAGGCCGUGGCCACCUCGCCCGGCGGCCGCUUCCUCAAGUUCGACAUCGAGCUGGGCCGGGGGGCCUUCAAGACGGUUUUCAAGGGCUUCGACACCGACACCUGGGUGGAGGUGGCCUGGUGUGAGCUCCAGGACCGCAAGCUGACCAAGGUGGAGCAGCAGAGGUUCAAGGAGGAGGCGGAGAUGCUGAAGGGGCUGCAGCACCCCAACAUCGUCCGCUUCUACGACUCGUGGGAGUCCACGCUGAAGGGCAAGAAGUGCAUCGUCCUCGUCACCGAGCUGAUGACGUCGGGCACCCUCAAGACGUACCUCAAGAGGUUCAAGGUGAUGAAGCCCAAGGUGCUGCGCAGCUGGUGCCGGCAGAUCCUGAAGGGUCUCCACUUCCUCCACACCCGCACCCCGCCUAUCAUCCACCGGGACCUCAAGUGCGACAACAUCUUCAUCACCGGCCCCACGGGCUCCGUCAAGAUCGGCGACCUCGGCUUGGCCACCCUCAUGCGCACCUCCUUCGCCAAGAGCGUCAUCGGGACGCCGGAGUUCAUGGCGCCGGAGAUGUACGAGGAACGCUACGACGAAUCGGUGGACGUCUACGCCUUCGGGAUGUGCAUGCUGGAGAUGGGCACCUCCGAGUACCCCUACUCCGAGUGCCAAAACGCCGCCCAGAUCUACCGCAAAGUCACCAGCGGCAUCAAGCCAGCCAGCUUCAACAAGGUGACGGACCCGGACGUGAAGGAGAUCAUCGAGGGCUGCAUCCGGCAGAACAAGGCGGAGAGGCUCUCCAUCCGGGACCUGCUGAACCACGCGUUCUUCGCGGAGGACACGGGGCUGCGGGUGGAGCUGGCGGAGGAGGACGGGGGCCUCGACUCCUCCCUGGCCCUGCGCCUCUGGGUGGAGGACCCCAAGAAGCUGAAGGGAAAGCACAAGGACAACGAGGCCAUCGAGUUUAGCUUCAACCUGGAGUCCGAUGUCCCCGAGGAAGUGGCCUACGAGAUGGUCAAGUCCGGCUUCUUCCACGAGAGCGACUCCAAAGCCGUCGCCAAAUCCAUCCGGGACCGCCUGGCGCUGGUGAGGAAGACACGGGAGAGGAAGCAGGCGGAGGGCCGGGGGACCGUCCCCGAAAGCGAGGACACCGAGGUGGACCAGCACGUCCGGCAGCAGCUCCUGCGGCAGCAGACCCCCACCACUGCUGAUGUCCUCUUGGAGAACAGCGCUGGAUCCGAGGCCACCGGGUGCUGCCAGGGGGUCCCCUUUGGCAUGGAGGGGAUGGUGCCGGACAUCCCUACGGUGCCACCACCACCCGUGCCACCGGCCUCGUCCCAGCUGGAGGCCACCAACGUGGAUGGGCAGAGCCGGCCUGGUGGCCCCAUCACCGGUGUCAGGGGGGACGCUGGCCAAGCGGUGACACCGGUGGCAGGGGCAGCGAGGGUCCAGACGGCUCCCGGUGCACCGGGGGCGGUGAUGGGGAUGCCACCGGCUCCAGGGAUGCCACAAGCUCUGGUGAUGCCACCAGCCCCAGGGAUGCCACCGGGUCAAGGGAUGCCAUCGGGUCAAGGGAUGCCACCAGCCCCAGCGAUGCCACCAACAGAGGCCACCCCACGGGACGUCCCCGGCGUCCCUGACCCCACCGCCACCAAACCCGACCGCAGCCGGCAGCGCCGAGCCUCCUGCCCGCGGCCGGACAAGGGCGCCCGCUUCCAGCUCACCGUCCUGCAGGUCUCGUCCCCGGGGGACAACACGGUGGAGUGCCAGCUGGAGACGCACGACAGCAAGAUGGUGACCUUCAAGUUCGACGCCGACGGGGACGCCCCCGAGGACAUCGCCGACUACAUGGUCGAGGACAACUUCGUGCUGGAGGCCGAGCGGGAGAAGUUCGUGGAGGAGCUGAAGGCCAUCGUGGUCCAGGCUCAGGGGCUCCUCCGCCCCCCCGCCUCGGACCCCCAGGUGCCCCACGGGCCCCCCCAGGGCGAAAGCGUCCCCCACUCGUCCCCCAUCGGCCGGUGGAGGUUCUGCAUCAACCAGACCAUCCGCAACCGGGAGGUCCACGGUCCUGGGGGGCCACCGCAUGGACGGAGGGCGAUGGGGACGUCCCGCACCGAGCAGGAGGCGGCUGUGGAGCAGGGUGGGCCAUCGGGUGCCAGCGGACCCCAAGAGUUGGGUGUCCCUCAAGGACUGGGGACAAACAUCGCCGGACCCCAAGAGUUGGGUGUCCCUCAAGGCUUGGGGACAAACAUUGACGGACCCCAAGAGUUGGGUGUCCCUCAAGGCUUGGGGGCAAUCCCCAUGGGACCCCAAGAUUUGGGUGUCCCUCAAGGACUGGGGACAAUUGCCACCGGACCCCAAGAGUUGGGUGUCCCUCAAGGCUUGGGGACAAUCACCAGAGGACCCCAAGAGUUGGGUGUUCCUCAAGGCUUGGGGACAAUUGCCACCGGAGCCCAAGAGUUGGGUGACCCUCAAGGCUUGGGGACAAUCACCAGAGGACCCCAAGAGCUGGGUGUCCCUCAAGGCUUGGGGACAAUCAUCGCUGGACCCCAAGAGUUGGGUGUCCCUCAAGGCUUGGGGACAAUUGCCACCGGACCCCAAGAGCUGGGUGUCCCUCAAGGCUUGGGGACAAUCAUCACUGGACCCCAAGAGUUGGGUGUCCCUCAAGGACUGGGGACAGUCGUCACCGGACCCCAAGAGCUGGGUGUCCCUCAAGGCUUGGGGACAAUCACCACCAGACCCCAAGAGUUGGGUGUCCCUCAAGGCUUGGGGACAAUCACCACCGGACCCCAAGAGUUGGGUGUCCCUCAAGGCUUGGGGACAGGUGGCACUGGAGCUUGGGAGCAGGACGCACCCAAGGGACCAGAGACAAUCGUCCCCAAAGCCCACUUGGGUGUCCCCCAAGGACCGGGGACAAUUGUCACCAGUGCUUGGGACCUGGAUGCACCCAAGGGACAGGAGGCGACCGCCACCCACCCCCAGGAGUUGGGUGUCCCUCAAGGACUGGGGACAACUGCCACCAAUGCGUGGGACCCAGAGGCACCCGAGGGAGCCAAGACGAUUGUCACCGCACCCCAAGACCUGGACGCACCCAGGGGCCUGGAGAUGAUUGUCACCGGACCCCAAGAGCUGGGUGUCCCUCAAGGCUUGGGGACAAUCCCCAUGGGACCCCAAGAGUUGGGUGUCCCCCAGGGCUUGGGGACAAUUGUCCCCAACACUUGGGACCUGGACGCACCCAAGGGCCCGGAGACGAUUGUCCCCGCACCCCAAGAGCUGGGUGUCCCCCAAGGACUGGGGACAAUUGUCCCCGCACCCCAAGAGCUGGGUGUCCCCCAAGGACUGGGGACAAUCCCCAUGGGACCCCAAGAGUUGGGUGUCCCUCAAGGACUGGGGACAAUUGUCCCCUCACCCCAAGAGUUGGGUGUCCCCCAAGGACUGGGGACAAUCCCCAUGGGACCCCAAGAGCUGGGUGUCCCCCAGGGCUUGGGG